CCGAAGUUGUGCCUUAACUCCGACCGUUGACGUGCUUGCACUGAUUUAGCGCGAGCUUACCGUUGUGGAGUUGUAGAGUGCAUGCUGACGGGGUAUCUCUAGAGCAUCUGCUUGAUCUAGUCGGGUGACCUCUUUCCUCCAUCAUCUCCAUCAAUCAGAAUGGCAAACGUACCUCUCGUAUCAUUGAAAGCUGGCGCAAAAUUGCCAAAAAUUGGAUAUGGCAAUGGAACUGCUUUAUUCAAAAGUGAUAGUACCACUUUAGUGGAAGGCGCAUUGAAAGCUGGAUUCACCUUGAUUGAUACAGCAGAAAUGUAUGAAAAUUCAGGUUAUGUUGGUGAAGCAUUAAAAUCCAGCAAACACGAAACACAAGUGAUUGCAAAGAUUGGAACACUUUCAAAGAUCAAACAAGUUGCCGUUGAAGAAAGAAAGUUGUUGGGUAAAGAUCGUUUGAAUGUUCUUUUAUUGCAUUUACCUCCUCGUGGCUUGGAUGGCUUGCCUUCCAAUGUAGAAGCUUGGAAGCAAAUGCAAGAACUCAAAGACGAAGGAGUUGCAGAUAUUAUCGGUGUCUCAAACUGGUUAAAGAGCGAUAUCGAAGAUGUCAUCAAAACAAACCCUAAACAUCCCAUUCAAAUCAAUCAAAUCGAGCACCAUCCUUUAUUGGCAGGUUCGCAAAAGCAACAAAAGUUGUUGGCCUAUCAACGUGAACAAGGUAUUGCCAGUACAAUCUAUGGUGCAUUGACACCAAUCACAGAAAAGCCAGAAGAGAGCAAGAAUCUGCUCUCCGUCUUGGAAGCUAUAGCUAAACAAGAAAGCGGUUGGUCACCUGCAACUGUUUUGUUCAAAUGGGCUUCUCAAACAACAAAGCACGGCAAUAGUGCGGAUGAAGAAGGUAUCAUUAUCACCACGGGUAAAAAGACGGAAAGAUAUCCGGGCUAUUUGAGCUUGUUCAACAGUCGCCCUUUGACUGAUGAAGAAGUCAAAAAGGUCAGUGAUGCAGGCUCUCAAGCAGGCGUACACAAAGUUCGCAUGCUCAAAUAUUUCGAUGGUCGUGAUGAAUGAAAUGAUGUACAUUGUCUAUAAUACA